AUGAUGGCUGCCGUGGGGACAAACAAUCUGAACAGGCCAACGGGAGACCUCAGCCAGGCGGAGCGUGGGGAGAUGCCGGUGGUGCAGGGGGUCCCCGUCGGUGGCCCGCGCCCCGGCCUCGUCGGAGCCCCUCAGAUGAUGGCCCCGGUGCCGGUCUUUGCGCUGCCGCCGGAGGAGCUUAUUGCCCUGAACUACCGAACGGCAGUCAUGUGCUUCGCCUUCGUGAAUCUCAUGACCACGGUGCUGAACGUGAUUACCGCCGUUGCCUUCGACACAAGGUGGGGCACUUGGUCACUGAUCCUCUUGGUCUUCAUUCUAGGCCCCAUCAGCGGUCUCGUGGGCGCCAAGCACCUGAACCGCGGUCUGGUCACUGUCUAUUUCGCCUUUUGCGUGUUCCAGUGCAUUUGCCAGAUUGCCCUGGCCGCCUACACGUUCUGGCUUUGGACGAUCCUCUUUGCGUUUGUACAGGUCUGGGUGACGAAGAUUGUGGCCACCUUCUGGUACGCUUUGGGUAGGAUACCGCUUGAGCGUCGCAGCCAGCUGCUGGACCUCAAGGAUGUUGAGGCCGCCACGGCUCAGAAAGUCCUGCUCUACCUCCUGGAGGUGUCCCUGAAGCUUCUUCAUCCGUUCAUGCCAUUUGUGACGGAGGCGGUCUGGCAGCGACUGCCGCGAACCAAAUCGUCCCCGCAGUCUUUGAUGAUCAGCGCAUGGCCCCAGCCGGCGACACAGCGCGACAUGGAGGCGGAAGGUUGGUUCGCCAAGCUCACCGCUUUGACUUCUGCGGUGCGCAAUGCCCGGGCAGAGCAGGGCAUUGCCCCGAAGGAGCGUCCGCCGCUGACAUUCUGGUGCUCCGACGCUGGCUUCCAGGACCACGGCAAGUGGCAAGACCGCGACCCUGCUGCUUCGUCGGCCGCUGUUUGUGGGAACCGCAUCCCAGCCAUGCUUUUCGCCUCACCGAGCUCCGUGCCCUAA